AGCGACCAGACAUACCAUAUGCCUAAUCUUCUCUUUGCUUUUAACCAGAAAAAGAUUAAGGAACGAAAAAGAAGAAAGAAAACCCUAAAAAAGCGGCUUUUCUCCUUCCUUGAUGAUCCAUCUAUGACUCAUCCUCAAAGAUUUCACAGCCUCAACUGCCUCUCGUGCUUCCCUUUAUAUACCUCUCUGCUCAACCGCUGGGUUUGCCAUCAGAUCACAACCAAACUCACAAUUCACAAAAGAAGGGAAAAAAACAGAUCAGUCCUCAGACAUAAUCCCAAGAACGAGCCGAAGAUGAACAUGAACAUGAACAGACUUCAGCAACAAGUGAUCUCGUUUCCUCCGGUCAAGAAAUCCCCGGUGGGUUACUUGCUUGAUCCGGCUGCUGUAAACAAAUUCCGGGUUUCGACUUCUUCCAAGAAAUCCGAACAAAGCAAAGGAAACUCGGUUCUUAGAAGAAUAAGCAUGCAGGAAGGAAAGAAAACCGAUGGCUUCACCAAUGGAGCUAGAGAUCAGAGUAAGUUGGGACCAAAGCUUACCGAAACAGUAAAGAGAAAGCUAGCCUUGGGAGCCAGGAUUCUUCAAGUUGGAGGCCUCGAGAAAAUCUUCAAGCGACUGUUCAGGGUUGGGGACGGAGAGAAACUGUUCAAGGCGUAUCAGUGUUACCUGUCGACAACAGCUGGUCCCAUCGCGGGUCUUCUUUUCAUCUCGUCCAAGAAGAUUGCCUUCUGCAGCGAAAGGUCUAUCAAGAUCGCUUCCCCUCAGGGAGACAUAGUCCGGGUUCAUUACAAGGUAUCGAUCCCAUUGAGCAAGAUCAAGAGAGUAGACCAGAGUCAGAACACUAAGAAGCCAUCACAGAAGUACCUGGAAGUAGUCACAGUUGAUGAUUUCGACUUUUGGUUCAUGGGAUUCUUGAGCUACAAGAAAGCUUUCAACUGUCUUCAACUGGCAUUGUCUCAGAGCUUCCAAGAAGACAACGCCCAAUGAGCCGGUCUGCCGUGGUGACUCGGGUCAAGAAGAAAUAUUUCAUUUCUUCUUACCUGUUUUCAUCAGAAUAGUCACAUGAAUGAAGAUAGUAGAGUCCUAGAAAAAAAACAAUAUUGUACAAACUCAUUUUUACCAUUUCUUUUACAUUGCAGACGCGGCUCAUGCAAGAAAUGAAUAUAUAAAAAGCUCAUCUUUUGUUCUAA